AUGGGUAAUCAAACAAGUCAAAAGCGUCAAGCCAAAAACUAUAAAAAUGCUCAAUCAAAGCAAUACGCAAAUGAUGCUUUUAGAGGUCGACGUAAUAACGCGGGAAAUGGAGGUUAUUAUGAGGAAACAAGUUAUAUUACAGAACCUUACGAAGAAAUGGAUUGGGGUUUUACAUAUGUUCCAACAGUCCGUGGUGGUGGUGGUGGAAAACGACCUGUCAUUUAUGUUGCAGCUCCUAUGCCUGCUGCAAAUCAAUUUGGAGGUUUUGGUGGAGGCUUCAAUUCUGGUUUCGGAGGUGGUAUGGGAGGUUUCGGUGGCGGUAUGGGAGGUUACGGUGGUGGUAUGGGAGGUUACGGUGGCGGUAUGGGAGGUUUUGGUGGCGUCUAUCCAGGAUUCCGCUAA